CUUGUCCCUCCCCUACUACAGGCCUUCAUGCCCCGAGGACUGACAGACAAACAAGGACCUGAGGAAUGUGAUGCAGUUGCUCUUUUAAAUUUUAUCAACUCCUGCGAUCACUUCAUGGUUGAUCGAAAGAAAGUCAUAGAGGUGAUUAAGUGCCGUAAUGAGAUCAUGCACUCUUCAGAGAUGAAAGUAUCAUCUACAUGGCUUCGAGAUUUUCAGAUGAAGAUCCAAAAUUUCCUGAAUGAAUUCAAGAAUAUCCCAGAGAUUGUGGCAGUGCAUUCCAGAAUAGAACAGCUGUUGACAUCUGACUGGACUGUUCACAUGCCCGAGGAAGACUGGCCCGAUGGGUGUGAAAACGAGGCAGGAAGUUACCUGAGUGUGAGCCAAGUUAAUGAAAUCGAAAUGGAAUUAAUGAAGGAAAAAGUUCAAGAGAUGCACCUUCAAGCAGAUGCACAUGAGGUGCCACCCAAAGAGAUCUCAGAUCGACUAGAAAUGCUGAAGGAAUUUCUGAGAAACAACGAGGAUCUUAGAAAUGGCCUUACAGAAGAUAUUCAGAAGCUAGAAAACCUCUUUCUACUGCAUCAAAAACCGGAUUCAGAGGAACCUGGGAGACAGACACCUGAAAGGAAGGCCUGAGGUUAUGUUUCGACACAAAUGAGCUAUGUUCUGUAAUGAUCAGCGUGGCUUCCAGCUCAGGCAUCCUUUUCUAUGCAGAGGGAAAAAUAUCCAGAGUACUCAACCCAAACAGCAAGUUAUUGUUAUCCUGGACUUGCCUCUGACUCUUUGGUGGUAGAUUUUCAUAUUCAUAAACUUCAGUUUAUAUGAUGUAUACCAAUAAAAAAAACUAGAUACUCCUGUGCCAUAACUCGUUACCACACAGGGACUUCCUGCUGUCUCAAGGGUGAGAGCCUCAUCUGGCUUCCUUUGGCAAAGGGAGCCAGGUCUGUCCUAUGCCAAGAACUCACACGGAGCACUGUGCCCCUGGCAGAUGUGACCCGUCCCUGCCUCCUGCUGCGGGAAGGCUUAAACUUCAGGACUGUGAUAUAAGUGUUACACGCUAGAAGAAGGCAAGAGGGAAACAUGCCUAGAAGGCCAUUUUCUAGCCACUGGAGCUUGGUACAAACAGAACUGUUACUAGCUGGCUCAGGCGCCCUGAGGCAGAGGGACGGUCAGUGGGAGGUCAUCAGGGACCUCAGGGUAAGGAUAAUGGGCGGCUUGUUUACCUGGUCCUCUUGUGAGGGCCAGUCCGCCCAGCGGGCUCCAGGUGUGCUGUUAUCUCCUGUGUGGAGCACAAAGCCUGCCGCAGGUGCUUAAUAUUUGUUUGGAGAAUCAUCUGCUAGCCUUGGAGUAAGUGUAAAUGUUAUACUAUUGACUAAGCCUGGUCCUUCAUUAUGAAAUUUAAGAAUAAAACUUCUCAACAUUCUUAUGGAAACUCAUUUUCGUUCAGCAGAUUCACAGAUUCCUUCAUAUUUCCUUUAUUUCUUUUACCCCAAAAGUAUUCCGCUCCUGCCUUUGUCCUGUCUGUUCUUGAACGGCAAUAAGCACUGUCCCAUUGUGUUCAGGGACUGUGGGGUUGCCUCACUGGCAUCUUUUCUCCAUCCAGUCAUUGCCAAGGUCAAUGGAGCUAGACUGGGUCAGGUUACCUCUGCACCUUCAGGGCCAGAACUGCCUCAUUUUCAGACUACCUGGAUGAAGUGCUCCAUGCAAAGCCUGAAGGAAGGUGCCUGUUCAUCGGCCUGCAAGGGUUAUCUUUAGAGAACUGGCUGGGGCAUAUGUAUGGCACAGAUUUCUACAUCAAAAUGCACUUACUGUAAUUGCAUAAAUCCCGGGUGAGCGCAGAUGUGCCUAUUGUUUCCGGCUUCCCAGUGCUGUUCGGUCUUUAGUCUUGUGCUUGUGUGUUGCUGGGGACUGAGCAUGCUAGGCAAGCGAGCUAUAACCUGGCCGGCCCUUGUGCUUUCUUUCUCCCUUUAUUUCAUGGAGUCCCUUGAAAAGAAUUCAGUAGGAAAGUAAGAAUUUUCACACAUCUAGCAGAGUCCCAAACUAAGAAACUUCAGCAUAGUAUCUCCUAGCUUCUAGAUCUGAGAUCCAAAAUGUGGGCUCAAAUAGAAUCUUGAUUCACUAACCAACUUAAGACCUGGUUUCUAACUUUAGGAACCUUGGGAUAUGAACCCUUCGAUUUUAUACCUGCAUCAUUAGUUCUUUCCUCUGUCCAACAAGCACUUCUCAGAUGUCAGCCAUAUGCCAGAUACUGACUAGAUGAGGAUAUAAAGACAUCUAAGGUAUGGAUGAUAAUUUAUGGGCUGUCAUUUUAUGGAUUUACCUGCUCUAUUAAGUCAAAGGUAUUAUUCAGAAAGUUUAUACUGGUAACAUUUAAUUACGUUGAAACAGGAAGACAUGGCUAGCAAGGGCUUUAAAGCAAAUGUAGCUCAUGCAGAGACAUCACCCUAUGAGCAUUUCUUUGACAGAAUUGUGCGCAUGGGUGAUGUACAGCAGCAUAGCCAACCGGCCAUUAAUAGAGGACUUGUUAAUAAAGGGUAGCGCAUCAGACUGCAGAAUCUUAUGCACCUAUCAGAAAGAAUGAGAUGAUACUGUGACACAGUAACGCGGAAUGAUCUAUAAGAUGUGCUAAAUAGAAAAGCGGGACUGGAGGUGUGGCUCUGUGGUAGAGCACGUGCCUAGCGUGUAUGAGGCCUUGGGCUCCACCCCCAGCACCACCAUCAAAACUAAAUAGAUAGGCAAAAUGUUUAACCAUGCUUAGCAUGCUGUAAUACUAUAUGUAUUUUAUAAUAACUAAGGUUCAAAAAGUCAUGUGCUUUUUUUUUGCUGUGUUAGGUCUGUGGAAGCAGACAAGACCGUAUUUUUUGUUUUUCCCUUUUGGUACCUGGAAUUGAACUCAGGGUCUCGUGCUUGCCAGUCAGGUGCUAUGCUGCUGAGCUACAUCCCCGGCCCACUGAAGCUGUACUUUGUAUUUUGCGUACUCCCACAUGAAAUUGUUACAAAUGUGCACUUGUAUAUUCUGAAGUUUUUUGAUUAAAAUUGUUAUUUCAAAAUACAUUUGAACACUGUAAAUUCAAAUUAUAAGACCUCAUGAUAUUUCCCAUAAUUUGCUGUCACCUCCCUCUUUGUGGCUCUAUGGGGAAUCCUCAUGGUCAUGGGAAGAAGCCUACUAAGCACCGUCCUUCUGCCUAGGGCAGCCUUUGGUUCAUUGUGCACUCAGCAGUAUGACCUGCUCUCAGCCUCUCCUGGGAAACAAUAUAUACUUUAGAGUUUUGAAAAAAUUCAAGAAAAAGAUGACUUUAGCAGUAUGGUUCUUUUUUUUUGGUGGUACCAG